AUGGCUUUGACACAGCCUGUAUACAAUGCCUCCACCCCUCGGGGCGGCGAUCCGACCAAAGUCGACGUGAACGCCCAGUAUGAAGGAUUCGAGUGGAAUUAUAUCUACAUUGUCUUUUGCGGCUUUAUUGUCUGGUUGAUCAUCCCAGGAAUUGGUUUAUUAUACAGCGGCCUCGCGCGCAGGAAGUCGGCGUUGACGCUGCUAUUUCAGUCGCUCCUGAUUGUCGCAGUAACCACCUUCCAAUGGAUUUUUUGGGGAUAUUCACUGGCCUAUUCUCGUGACGCGGGUCCCUUCAUUGGAACAUUGACCAACUUUGGAUUGAAAGGUGUGAUGGCUGCUCCGUCGCCAGGGUCAGCCGUCCUGCCUGAGAUCUUGUUCGUUCUAUACCAGCUCCUUUUCUGUGCAUGCACGGUGAUGAUUGUGGUGGGGGGAGCCUUCGAGCGAGGAAACAUGAUUCCUUCGUUGAUUUUCAGCUUCUGCUGGGCCACUGUUGUUUAUUGUCCGAUUGCCUGUUGGACCUGGAACAGUAAUGGUUGGUUGUACAAUUUGCCGUCAUUGGAUUUUGCGGGUGGCGGGCCGGUCCAUAUUGCGUCGGGCUGGUCGGCACUCGCCUAUGCCUUGGUCCUUGGGAAACGCAAGCAUCUUGAUGAGCCUUCACAUGCAAAGCCUCACAAUACCACCCUGGUCUUUCUUGGUACGACGUUGAUCUGGCUUGGGUGGUUUGGCUUUAAUGGUGGUUCUGCCCUCAAUGCUAGCGUCAGAGCCAUGUUAGCAGCCUUCAACACCAAUACGGCUGGGUGCACAGGCGUAAUAGGGUGGGUACUGGUGGACUGGAUUAAGACGCGCGGGAAAUUCUCCGUGGUGGGAGCGUGCUCGGGGGCCAUCGCGGGGCUCGUUGGAAUCACACCAGCAGCCGGGUUUGUCUCAGUAUGGCUGGCCGCGUGCAUUGGGUUCAUUACAAGUAUUGUGUGCGCGUUACUCCAAGACAUCAACAACUGGAUGCACAUUGAUGAAGGUAUGGAUGUGUUUAAACUACAUGGAAUCGGUGGGAUGAUUGGGGCUUUCCUGACGGGUAUUUUUGCCUCGAGUUCGGUUGCUGCAUUGGAUGGCGUGACCGAAGCCAGUGGUGGUAUCGAUGGCAACGGGAUGCAGGUUGGAAAACAAUUGGCAGAAGUAUGCGCCAUCAGUGUUUAUUCGUUCACUGUAUCAUGCAUCCUGCUCUAUCUCCUGCAAUGGAUCCCGGGCAUGCAGCUCCGGGUUCAUGAAGAGGCAGAAAUGAUUGGAUUAGACCGGGCCCAAUUUAUGGACGAACAGAUCGGCGAGCGUGUUAUUUUAGCCGAUCUAUUUGCGUCAUCUUCACCAGGCAAUGUCAGUGUGGUGAACGAGGCGCCUGGGGUUUCGAUCGGAUCCAAGGAUCUCUAG